AUGGCCAUGCAGACCCCCACCUUCCCCACGCGCCUCGCAAAGGCCGUGAAGAUUGCCCGCACCCAGGACGAGGCCCGCACUCGCGUCCUCUCCGCCUACCGGCACUGGUACCGCAGCGCGCCCGAGAUCUGCGCACUGUACGCUCUCAACGUCAGCCCCAGCGCUAUCCGGCUCAAGAUCCGCGAGGACUUUGAGAAGACUCGCCGAGUCACUGAUCUCAAGGUUAUCAACGUCCUCCUCCACAAGAACUGGGUCGAGUACCAGGAGACGAUGAACUGCUGGAAGCAGGAGCCGCACCUCAUGCACUGGUUCAGGCCGCUCGAGGAGCCCGCCAAGCCCGAGACGUUCAUGGACAAGUUCCUGGCAGGGCGUGACGACCCCAAGCAGGUCGGCUCGUUCUAA